AUGACGAACCAUGGAGAUGACUGCUACUUUUUUUACUAUUCCAACUGUACCAAAGGAGACAGUUGUCCUUUUAGACAUUGUGAAGCUGCGAUUGGUAAUGAGGUGGUCUGCAACCUGUGGGAGGAAGGCAGAUGUUUUAGACCCACCUGCAAGUUUCGCCACAUGAAGAUCACGCAUAACCGUAAACAGAUAGCAUGUUACUGGGAGAACCAGCCAGCGGGUUGCCAGAAGCCUCACUGUGCCUUCUUCCAUGAGAAACCCCGCUGUAUCGAUGGGCUUUAUGUUCCACCAGACAAAGGUACAAAGUGUGAAGAAGUGCCCCAGGAGGAGCCGGUGCCCCCACAGCCCCCUUUGCCCACAGCUGCCAACCCUCAGGUCCGAGGUGUUAAAAAGACGGAAUCACAGGAACCAGUCCCUAGCCCCACACACCCCCCGGUGGUGAUCAACCCGGCAGAUGAUGACGAAGAUGAAGAUGACCAGUUCUCAGAAGAGGGAGAAUCUCCCAGAAAGCAAGCCACGGGUCCUAAAUCAGCAGAAGAAUCUAUGAACUUUGGAGUGAGCACAUUAGAAGAAAUCCGCCUCAGAAGAGCUAUCAAGGCCAGCAUGAAGAGGGCGAUAUACGCCGGCGGGGAGGCUCCUAAUAAUGGUGGCAAAGAAAACAUUCAAUCUUCUUUGAAACAUAUGAGCGAUGCUGCAGACUUCGGAUGUGGAGACGGAGUCCCUCUGCGGAGAAGUCUUGCUGAGCGCCUCGGCAGAAUUAUGGAUGUGGAGCACUCUACUGUAGCGUCUCAGAAAUCUUCAAAGUCUGUUAAGCAAAGACUUACGUUGCCCUCGGAUCUUACUGCAACAGCUCCAUCAGUGGAAAUCAUUAUCAAGACACCUGAGCACAUCAGAAUUAAAACACUGGAAGAGAUUAAACUUGAAAAAGCAGCAAAGUCCCAGAACCCUAAAGAGCCUUCAGGAGCAGACAUUUCUUUCACCAAAACUAUUCCUACAAAAGGCUCUAAAAGCGUCAAAAGAGCCAUCACCGUGGAAGACGAGUCCAUCGAAAGUGUUCGAACAUUCUCAGAGAUGCUUCACAUGAAGAAGAAAAAACAAGAAGAGAAUCAGAAACACAAGAAUCAGAGUGAGAAACGCAAAGACCAAAGCCAGGACAAAGAAGUGGCUCCGGCAAAGAAUAGUUCAGGUGAGAUCAGAGUGAAGACGCUGGAGGAGAUCCGGCGCGAGAAAGCAGCUCGUUUCCAGAGCCAAGAACUGACCCAAGAAGGGCCCCCAGAGGAGGCUCAGGCAACGAACUCUCAAGAGUCUUCUGCCAAAAAGCCCCGCCUGCUGCGCCUAAAGAAACCUGCUUUACAGACAGACAAAGACAUUUCUGAGAAGAGUGAAAGUAUAACAGAGACUCCAGAGAAGCCUGUUAAAUCCACACCUACUCCCACAGAGACGUCUAUUAACACUGUUAAAGUGAAGACCUUCGAGGAGAUCAUGCGCGAGAAACGCCUUCGUAAACAAGACACUGAAAAGCCAGCCGCCUCCAGCAGCCAGAGCUCUGCUGAUGUGGACCAGCCUCCUGCACUGCCCACAACUUCUCCUGUAAAAAGGAAAGCUUCUGCUAAAAUAACAUUUACACCAGACUCUACAACCACCACUGAGUCAGGGCCACCCCCAGCCAAGACCAGUCCUGCCUCCGUCACUUCAGCUCCAGGAAAGAGCCUGCGAGCGGUCAAGGAUACAUCUCAGACAGUUACUCCAGAAAGACGGCCUCAAGACACGAGGACAGACGCCAAAGUGAGACCCAAGCUGAAUGUGAAGCCAAGUGUACAUCUGAAGCCUGGACAGAAGAGGAAGGCUCCACAGCGCUCUGCUGUAGCUGCGGUCAAACCUCUCAACUCCGACCCCAAGUCUGAGACCACCCGUCUGGAGCCGCAGGUAUUCUCAUCUGUAACCCCAAAAAGUGUGCCGAGUCCAGAGUUUGUCUGUAAUCCCAUCUCCACCUCUGAAUCUCAGGCGCCACAACCGCGAUCGCCGGACACCUCUGCAGCCACACAAUGCCGCACACCGAAAACAUCGUCUCAAGCCAAGCCCCGGAGAACCAGCGUAACCGUGAGCCGCAGCGGCACAAACAGCGCGGCCCCAACGUCGGCGGAGGAUGACUUUGAUGAACUGAUCAGUGAGUUCACCACGGACGACCCUCUGGAGGACGGCGUGGACCCCGACCUGGGAGAGGACGACCUGCUGCAGGAGCUCUCAGACAUGAUUGACAGCUGA